GUCAAAGUCAGACAUGACAUAUGUCAAACAAGCAAAAAGUGCUGGAGGAGAAUUAUGAAUUUGGUUGAACUUGUGUUUUUACAUUUUUCAGCUCACGUGCGAAUAUUUUAAAAGUUUUAUUUAUUCUUGUAGAGUUUUCAAAAUGCCAUCUAAGCAAAGGAAAAUUGCUAUGAUGGGAUAUCGCUCAGUGGGUAAAUCAUCUUUAAUUAUACAGUUCGUAGAAGGCCAGUUUGUUGAUUCCUAUGAUCCCACAAUUGAAAACACAUUUACCAAAUUCAUCCGUUUAAACUCAACUGAAUAUGAAGUGAAGCUGGUGGACACCGCCGGUCAAGAUGAAUUCAGUAUAUUUCCACUUCAGUACAGCAUGGACUUUCAUGGAUAUGUGUUAGUUUACUCCAUCACUUCCAGUAAAAGUUUUCAAAUAGUACAGAUAAUUUAUGACAAACUGCUGGAUAUGGUUGGGAAAAUACAUGUACCAAUUGUGUUAGUUGGUAAUAAAACAGAUCUUCACUUAGAAAGAAAAAUCAGUACAGAGGAGGGCAAAAGACUAGCAGAGAAAUGGAAGGCAGCAUUUGUGGAGACUAGUGCUAAACGAAAUGAGUCUGUCACCGACAUGUUCCAUGCCAUCUUAUUAGAGAUUGAACGAUCAGAUGGACAUAUACCAGACAAGAAUGGGUGCGUAAUUUCUUAAUACAAGUUUAUUUUUAAUGAACAAAGUGCUUUUUACUUAAGUUAAAGUGAUUUAAAUGUAGUGUUUGUAAGUGCACAGCAAGCUAAUUGUGGCAACCAUUGCAAUUUGGUAAUAUUAUGAUUCAAAGGUACUUCUGGAUGCUUAGUUAAUGUAAGCUUAGGACAAAAGAAUGAGAGUAACUUCAUUAGUAGUUUCAAAGUUUAUAAAUCUAAUGUUGAGAGUAUAGAUCUUAGCAAUAAGUUUCUGGAAGAAUUGUAUAUUUUUGUGUGUGUGAAAACAUUAUCUUACCUCAUGUUUAUUGCAUUAAUGAAUGUUUAUUUACUUUAUUAUAGUUAAUAAUAACGGUACAAAAACGAUAGAACAUCUUGUAUAUAAAUAUAUAUACAAUUUAGUGUAUAAUUUUAUUUAUUAUUUUCACUUUUAUACAUAUAAUUUCAAUUGAAGAGUUUUUCACACUAUACAUCCAGUUUCUAUUAAUUUAUAAUCCACCAAUAAAAUGUUUUGAGUAUUUAUAUAAAAAUAGAAAAUUCCAAUGUUAACAAUAUCAAAGAAUUUAUUUGUAAUUAAAUGUUAAUUUCUUUUAAAUAUAAAUAAUAACUUACAAAUUGUUUUUAAAAACGUCAUUGUUUGUGAAUAGCAAUGUUGAUACUAAACUUGUAUAAAAACCAAAGGUUCCUUAUUGUGUUUUCGUUUUGAAAUAAUUCUUGAUAAGUUGGUUAUUUGUAAAAACAUUCAAAUAUCUAUAAAUAUGUAGUCAUAUACUUUUAUGUUUUAUUGUUAGGUUACAAAGUUUUGAAGUACAUCAAAUUAUGCAUUAUUAUAUUGUAAAAAGUAUGUUGUGUUCAUAUAAGACAAUUGUUAAGAAUGUAUCAAAGGCUUAAGAAAUUCUUUUUAAAUGAAUGACAGUAAGUAAUUUGUAGCUGAGUGUAAAAUGUCAAUCUCUGACUGCCAUGGAUAGGUCAGAUUCAGUAGAACUCACUGAAUACGCCACAGGCAAGUUUGCAGACAUCCUCGUUCUCCAUUAGUCUAUACUCCCUGCUUCUAGUGUCUGGUGUUGCUCCCGUUGAUUCUUGACAUAAAUAUUUGUUUAGUGAGAAUAGGCAUUUCACAUUGUGUUCAAAAUAUAGUUUGUAAAUUCCUUUAGGUGAGAAUCUUGUCUGCAUGAUUGUACUUUGCUUGAACUUUUUAUCCUCAAUUCAACCCUUGUACGUAAAUCCAUAAUAUUAGACGCGUGCAUCAGUCUUCACUAAAUCUCACUGGCUCAAAGCUCUCUGGUGUAAAGCAUAUCAUUUUAAUAUUUCAAAAUAGCAAUUCUCUACAAAAAGUAUAUUUUUAAUUUUAAAAGCUUUUAACUUGCACGCUUGUUUAUGAUAAAUACCUAUAAUUUGGCAAUGAAUGACUAUGUGAUCUGUAUUAGAAUAUUUUCAUAAAAAGUACCUAUGUCUACAAUGGAGUUAUUUCUGUACUGUGUUUUUUUUAGUAUUCAAAUGUUUACACCCAAUAAUCGUAUUUGACAGUUACCUUUUCGAGAAGAAUUGAAUUUGAAAUCAUAGUAACAGUAUAUAUGUAGACGGUAUCGGCGCUUGUCUGGAACAGCGUUACGGGUGACUGUCGUAACAUGUGAGGUAAAAACACUGAAACUUUACUUAGUUUUCAUCAACUUAUCUCUUCCUGUAAAUUAUAUACCUAAUUCGAAUUUAUAUUAACAAUUUGGGUAGUAAAAGGUUCAUAACGCUAUGAGGUAGGUUUUAUGAUACAUAUUGAGGAAUAAUAAGAAAUAAAUCACUGCUGCAACAGUCUGCCCUUUCGCUAUAGUCUUAUAAAUUACUAGUCAGUUUUUUUUUUACAGAUUUCAUUAUAGCUAGAGGCUUCUUAGAGAAGGUUGCGAAGAGCGGAAUGCUAGUAGUGUGUACUAGAUGUUAGUCACAUUUUAACAAAAUAAGAUUUAAAGUGACAUAGACUUCUAUUUUCGAUGCACAAUAAUAGACGUACCCUUUUGUAAAACAUUCUAAUAUUAGUCGUAUGGAUAAUGUUGCGAGCAACAUUGAAGAAUGUAAAACAAUUGUGAGCAAAUGUAGCGUAAUUUUUGCAAGGUAUGUUAGGGAAGGUAAUUGUGCCUUAGUUAAAACCAAUUAUCAAGUACUAUAACUAAGACACGAUGGUAGCGCGACUAAAACUACAGGAGCUACUUAUUAGGUAGAAAUAUUGACUUUACGAAUGGAUGACAACACGAGAUUGACCUUUAAGAACUUUCUUUACAAUUUUAGAACCACUCAAUCUAGAAUUUUAUAAUAACUAUCGUG